AUGGUGAUACACAGAGUCUUGUUCUUGGUUUUAUGCCUGAGCGCUGGAAUAGAGGCACAGAAGCUUCAAGUGGGAUUCUAUAGAAGUACAUGUAUAGAUGCUGAAUCAACUGUAAGGGAAGAGGUCCGAAAGGGCUUUGAAAAAGACAAGGGGAUUGCCCCUGGUCUUGUUAGAAUGCAUUUCCAUGACUGCAUGGGUUGUGAUUCAUCUAUCCUUGUAGAUUCAACCCCAACAAAUAUGGCAGAGAAGGAUGGUCCACCCAACGGCAUUACACUCCGAGGCUUUGAAGUGAUUGACAGUGCCAAAGCUAGACUUGAAGCUCUACCUCAAUGUAAAGGCGUGGUCUCGUGUGCUGAUAUCCUUGCUUUUGCAGCAAGAGACGCCACAGUUAUCACAGCAGGCUUUGGCUGGGAUGUUCCAGCAGGGAGACGAGAUGGGAGGAUUUCGCAAGCUCCAGAGACCUUAGACAUUCCUGCUCCCUUCUUUAACCUAGAUCAACUCACUCAAGCCUUUGCUAAGAAGGGACUAACACAAGAAGAAAUGGUUAUAUUAUCCGGAGCACAUACCAUUGGUCGCUCUCAUUGCUUUGCAUUCAUUAAUAGAUUAUACUUCUUUAGUCCAACAAAUGGCCAAGAUCCUAGCCUAGAUCUCAUAUAUGCUGCGCAAUUGAAGAGGCAAUGCCCAAGAGGUCCUGAUGGGAGUGUUGAUCCUAACCUGGUGGUUCCAAUGAACUUCAGCCCAGUUCUGAUGGACCAGAACUAUUAUUUAGAUGUUCUAUGGCAUCGCGGCUUGUUCACGUCUGAUCAAACACUCACCACCAGCCUGGCCACUACUGCACAAGUGAAGGAGUAUGCAUUCAAUGGGUUGCGUUGGAAGUUGGAUUUUGCUCAAGCAAUGGUGAAGAUGAGUCAGAUAGAGGUGCUCACAGGAACUGCUGGAGAGAUUAGAGCCAACUGUAGGGUCAUCAAUCCAUAAAGGCCUGAAUAUCUAACUUUCAUCUAUGCAUAAAGUUAAAUU